AUGACUCAGACAAAUAUUUCCCCUUGGCAAAACAUUGUUGCCCGAAAGAGGGAAGCCAGGAAUAAGGCGCUCAAGCCUUUCCUUACAGAUAAUUUGAACCACAGAGGAGAGUGGGUGGUGUCCGUAGCUGAAAGAUCGCAAACCGGCUCGGAGAAGACUCAGAUUAUCACGGACAUCAGCAGCAUUGAAGUUCUCCAUCAGCAACUGGAGAAGGGAGUUUUCACGGCGGAAGAUGUUGUCCUAGCUUAUAUCAAGAGGGCAACAAUUGCCCAUCAAAUGACCAAUGCCAUCACCGAAGUGCUGUUUGAGGAUGCGCUCAAGCAAGCCCAGGAGCUUGAUAAGACAUUCGCGGAGACGGGAAGGCUCCAGGGCCCACUGCAUGGGAUUCCUAUCUCACUUAAGGAUCAAUUCAACGUGAAAGGUCAUGACACCACUUUAGGAUACGUUGGUCGUUCGUUCGCACCCGCGAAGGAAGACGCAGUGCUGGUCCAGAUUCUGAAGGAUAUGGGUGCGGUCCCGUUUGUAAAGACGAAUUUGCCGCAGAGUAUUAUGUGGUGCGAGACGGAGAAUCCUCUCUUCGGGCUCACGCUCCAUCCGAUGGACCCGGAACUCACACCCGGCGGAUCGACAGGAGGGGAAGCUGCCCUGCUUGCACUGCAUGGUUCCGUACUCGGAUUUGGCACAGAUAUCGGUGGCAGCAUAAGAAUCCCUCAAAAUAUGGUUGGCCUUUAUGGAUUUAAGCCGAGUAGCUCCCGAUUGCCUUAUUAUGGCGUUCCUGUCUCUACAGAGGGCCAGGAGCAUAUCCCUUCCGCUGUUGGGCCGAUGGCACGAGAUUUGUCCACCAUCAUUCAUAUCAGCCGCCUUCUUGCCCAAUCCCAGCCUUGGAAAUUGGAUCCAAGAUGUGCCCCCUUGCCUUGGAGAGACGAUAUGUUUUUGGAACUCCAAUCUCGGCCAAUGGUGAUCGGCCUCAUCGUCGAUGACGGUGUCGUGAGAGUCCAUCCGCAUAUAAGGCGACAUCUACUCCGACUAGCAGACAAACUAAGGGCUUUAGGACACGAGAUUGUGGAAUGGGAUACCGAAGGGCAUGAUGAAUGCAUCGCUAUUAUGGACGCAUACUAUACCGUUGAUGGGGGCGAAGACAUAAAGCGUGACGUGGCCAUUGCUGGCGAACCGUAUGUCCCUCACGUCGAAGCUCUCAUAAACAGGGGCAAACCCAUCUCCGUGUACGACUACUGGCAAUUAAACCGGAAGAAAUUUGCUGCUCAAAAGAGGUAUUUGGAUAAAUGGAAAAAGACAACAUCUCCGUCAGGCAAGCCUGUCGACAUUCUUCUCGCUCCAACCAUGCCACAUACAGCCGUACCCCAUCGAUGCUGCCGUUGGGUCGGCUAUACGAAAGUUUGGAAUUUUCUUGAUUAUCCUGCACUUACAUUCCCAGUUGGUAAGGUCGAGGUGGAUCUCGAUAUCCUUCCAUCUAAGCUGUAUAAACCACGCAAUGAUUUAGAUGCUUGGAACUGGGCUCUCUACGAUCCAAUCAAGAUGGUAGGAUACCCCGUUAACCUUCAGAUUAUAGGGCAGAAACUGGAAGAGGAGAAAGUUUUGGGUGCUGCAGUUGUGAUAAAUAAGGUUUUACGGUGA